AUGGAAGAGUGCUGCAAUGCGCACGACAUUUGCUACGACACGUGUAACAAGGACAAGGAAGUUUGCGACAUCGAUUUCAAAAGGUGCCUUUACAAGAACUGCGACGGGUACUCCAAUUCAGUUGGAGGACAAACUGUUACAAAAGCUUGCAAAGGUGCAGCUAAAAUGCUGUUUACAGGAACACUAACUUUGGGUUGUAAAUCUUACAUGGAUUCCCAAAAACAGGCUUGCUAUUGUCCUCCAGAGCCAGGCUGGAAAGAUAAGAAGAAAAGCAAAUAUACACCUGGAGGUGAUAGAAAUGAAUUGUAG